AUACGACUCCUAGCUAGAACAGAAGUGAAUCUUAUAAAGCAAAGGAUCAUGUCUCACAUCGCCGUUGAGAGGAAUCGAAGAAGGCAAAUGAACGAGCACCUUAAAUCCCUUCGUUCUUUAACCCCUUGUUUCUAUAUCAAAAGGGGAGAUCAAGCUUCGAUAAUCGGUGGAGUGAUAGAGUUCAUCAAAGAGCUGCAGCAAUUGGUCCAAGUUCUUGAGUCCAAGAAACGUAGAAAGACUAUAAACCGGCCUUCUUUUCCUUAUGAUCACCAAGCAAUUGAGCCAUCCGUUUUGGCAGCAGCCGCCACCACCCGAGUACCCUUUAGUCGAAUCGAGAAUGUAAUGACCACAAGUACUUUCAAGGAGGUAGGAGCAUGCUGCAACUCUCCUCAUGCUAACGUAGAAGCCAAGAUCUCUGGCUCCAACGUGGUACUGAGAGUUGUCUCUAGGCGAAUCGUGGGGCAGCUCGUGAAGAUCAUCUCUGUCUUGGAGAAGCUAUCUUUUCAGGUUCUACACCUCAACAUUAGUAGCAUGGAGGAGACUGUCUUAUACUUUUUCGUUGUUAAGAUAGGAUUGGAGUGUCACUUAAGCUUGGAGGAACUAAGUCUUGAAGUUCAGAAAAGCUUUGUACCUGAAGGGAUCGUCUCUACCAUUUAGAAACCAAAAUGUGUAUCGUUUUCUUUUGGGUUUAGACUGUUUAGUUAUCAUGGUAUCGUUACAUGAGCACACGUACUUGAUACUUUGCUUAAAAUAAGCUCCUCCAAACUUUUUUUUUUUUUUUCAGUCACUUAAGUUUUUACUUAGUUUAUUUUCGUAUCUG